AUGACUGAGCUGAAGGCAAAGGAACCCAGGGCUCCCCACGUGGCGGGCGACCUGCCCUCCUCUGGCCAGAUCGGAUCCCCCCGGGUGGGCCACCCGGACGCAGGCCCCUUCCAGGGCAGCCAGACCUCAGAAGUCCUGCCUGUAGUCUCAGCAGUGUCCCUCUCCCUGGACGGGCUGGUCUUCUCUCGGCCCUGCCAGGGACGAGACUCCCCAAACGGAAAGACGCAGGACCAGCCGCCGCUGUCGGACGUGGAGGGCUUAUACCCUGGAGUUGAAACCACGAGGGGCGCAGGAGGCGGCGGUUCUAGACUUCCGGAGAAGGACAGGGGGCUGCUGGACAGUGUCUUGGACACUCUUCUGGAGCCCUCGGGUCCGGGGCAGAGCCACGCCAGCCCUCUGGCCUGUGAGGCCGCCGGCUCUUGGUGCCUGUUUGGCCCCCACCUCCCUGAGAACCCUCGGGCUGUCCCUGCCACUCAGGGGGUGUCGGCUCUGCUCAUGAACCGGCCGGGAGGGAAGGCUGGAGACGGCUCUGGGCGGGCGGCUGCCCCUAAGGUGCCGCCCCGGGGCCUGUCGCCGUCCGGGCAGCUGCUGCUCCCGACAGCGGGGAGCCCUCGUUGGCCCGGGGCCCCGGUGAAGCCGUCUCCACAGCCGGCGGUGGUGGACAUGGUGGAGGAGGAGGGGGGCUCGGAGUCCGAGGACUCCGAGGGUCCGCUGCUCAGAGACAAACCUCGGGCGGCCGCAGGAAGCCUCGCCCUGGCCCCCAAGGAAGACGCCCGCUUUCCAGCACCCAGGGCCGCCCUGACGGAGCAGGACGCCCCCGUGGCGCCCGGGCGCUCCCCGCUGGCCAGCACGGUGAUGGACUUCAUCCACGUGCCCAUCCUGCCUCUCAACCAUGCCCUCCUGGCGGCGCGCACGCGGCAGCUGCUGGAGGGGGAGAGCUACGACGGCGGGGCCGCGGCCGCCGGUGCCUUCGCCCCGCCUCGGGGCUCGCCCUCGGCUUCGUCUGCCCCGGUGGCCGCAGGCGACUUCCCCGACUGCGCGUACCCGCCGGACGCCGAGCCCAAGGACGACGCGUUCCCGCUCUACGGCGACUUCCAGCCUCCCACCCUCAAGAUCAAGGAGGAGGAGGAAGGUGUGGAGGCGGCCACGCGCUCCCCGCGCCCCUACCUGGUGGCCGGCGCCGCAGCCUUCCCGGAUUUCCCGCCGCUGCCGCCGAGAGCGCCCCCAUCCCGGUCGGGGGACGCGGCCGCCGCACCCGCCGCUGCCCCCGUCUCCUCCGCGUCCCCGGCGGGCGCGGCCCUGGAGUGCGUCCUGUACAAAGCCGAGGGCGCGCCGGCGCAGCAGGGCCCGUUCGCGCCGCAGCCCUGCAAGGCUCCCGGCGCCGGCGCCUGCCUGCUGGCCCGGGACGGGCUGGCCUCCACCUCGGCCGCCGGGGCGCCGUCCGCGCUCUACCCGCCACUCGGCCUCAACGGGCUCCCGCAGCUCGGCUACCCGGCCGCCGUGCUCAAGGAGGGCCUGCAACCCGUCUACCCGCCCUAUCUCAACUAUCUGAGGCCCGAUUCAGAAGCCAGCCAGAGCCCACAGUACAGCUUCGAGUCCUUACCUCAGAAGAUUUGUUUAAUCUGUGGAGAUGAAGCAUCAGGCUGUCAUUAUGGUGUUCUUACCUGUGGAAGCUGUAAGGUCUUCUUUAAAAGGGCGAUGGAAGGACAGCAUAACUACUUAUGUGCUGGAAGAAAUGACUGCAUUGUCGACAAAAUCCGCAGAAAAAACUGCCCAGCAUGUCGCCUUAGGAAGUGCUGCCAGGCUGGCAUGGUUCUUGGAGGUCGAAAGUUUAAAAAGUUCAAUAAAGUCAGAGUUAUGAGAUCACUAGAUGCUGUUGCUCUCCAACAGCCAGUGGGCCUUGCGAGUGAGAGCCAAGCCCUGAGCCAGAGGAUCGCUUUCUCACCAAAUCAAGAAUUGCAGUUGAUCCCAACACUCAUCAACCUGUUAAUGAGCAUUGAGCCGGAUGUGAUCUAUGCUGGACACGACAACACAAAGCCAGACACUUCCAGCUCUUUGCUGACAAGUCUUAAUCAACUAGGCGAGAGGCAACUCCUUUCCGUAGUCAAGUGGUCUAAAUCAUUGCCAGGUUUCCGAAACUUACACAUUGACGACCAGAUAACUCUCAUCCAGUACUCUUGGAUGAGCCUGAUGGUGUUCGGGCUGGGGUGGAGGUCCUACAAGAACGCCAGUGGGCAGAUGCUGUAUUUUGCACCUGAUCUAAUACUGAAUGAACAGCGGAUGAAAGAAUCAUCCUUCUAUUCGUUGUGCCUUACCAUGUGGCAGAUCCCACAGGAGUUCGUCAAGCUGCAAGUGAGCCAGGAGGAGUUCCUCUGUAUGAAAGUCUUGCUGCUGCUUAAUACAAUUCCUUUGGAAGGACUAAGAAGUCAAAACCAGUUUGAAGAGAUGAGAUCAAGCUACAUUAGAGAGCUCAUCAAGGCAAUCGGUUUGAGGCAAAAAGGAGUUGUGUCUAGCUCACAGCGUUUCUAUCAACUUACAAAACUUCUUGAUAACUUGCAUGAUCUUGUCAAACAGCUUCAUCUAUACUGCUUGAAUACAUUUAUCCAGUCCCGGGCACUGAGUGUUGAAUUUCCAGAAAUGAUGUCUGAAGUUAUUGCUGCACAGUUACCCAAGAUCUUGGCAGGGAUGGUGAAACCUCUUCUCUUUCAUAAAAAAUGAAUGUCAUAUUUUUCCUUAAAAAAAUUAAAUUUUCUGGUAUGUCUUUUUUUUUUUUUUUUUGGUCAGGAUUAUGAGGUUUCAUUUUUUUAUAAUGUUCUUCUGAAAGCCUUACAUUUAUAAUAUAUCAUAACAUGUAUAUUUCAGAGAAGAAUUGUGAGAUUCUAAUUAUUUUCCUUUAUAAGGUAUAAUUAGAAUUUUUAAAGUCGUUUUGUGUGCCCAUAUUUUCUUUAAGUGUUUACAAGAUUGAAAAAGUGCAAAACUUGAUUGUCGAAGUAGACUCUAUCUUAUCCAUAUUGUUUCAUACCAUUCAGGUGAGGAUUUUUAACUUUUACAGCUAACAAAUCUAAAAGAAACCUUACUUGUAAUCACAAGACACUAUUGUAUAUGUUAUUUCUAGGUUGCUCCCUAGUCUUCUCAACUAUAUUUCCAAAGAUGAACCUUUAAAAU